AUGCCUUACGCCAAUGUGAACGGAAUAAACCUGUAUUACGAAGACUACGGCCCCAGGUCCGGCCCAGCGGUGAUUCUGACUCCCGGCGGCCGGAACGACACCAAUGGCUUGCGACCUAUCGCCGCCCUGUUGUCCGCGCACUGCCGAGUCAUCCUGCACGACCGGCGCAACUGCGGCAAGUCGGACGUAGUUAUUGACGAUGAGCCUUCGGAACAGCACAGUUGGGCCAAGGAGAUGGCCGAUUUGUUGUUGCAACUAGGCGCCGCCCCGGCCUACGCGGUGGGCGGUUCGGCCGGUUCCCGCACCAGCCUGACCAUGGCAGCAUUGCGCCCCGAGGUUGUAAAGGGCGUGUUUGUUUGGGAGGUCAGCGGCGGUCCCAACAGCGCCGCCGAAACCGCCCCCAACUACUACGGCCAAUUAAUCACGGCAGCGCAGCAGGGCGGGAUGCCAGCGGUAGCGGCGACGGAAUACUUUGCCCAACGCAUUAAGGACAACCCGGCCAACGAGGAAAAACUGCUAUCCAUGGACCCGUCAGAGUUCAUCGCUAUAAUGAGCCAAUGGCGGGAUACCUACUCGGUUCCCAACCCGGUCGGCGAACUCACCGAGGCGCAGUUGGCCGGAAUCGCCUGCCCGGUGGUGUUGUUCGAGGGCAACACGCCCGACGAGGUGCACCACAAGUCGGCGGCGGAAAGCGCGCACCGUCUGAUACCAAACUCGGAACUGCGACCGUCGGCGUGGACCCACGAGGAAUGGGACAUCAUCGGACAGCACGACCACACUUUCCCCGGCAUAGCAGCCACCAACCGCUACCACAUGAAGGCAACAUUCUAUUCAGCCCAACUACUGGAAUUUAUCACCAAGGUUGAGGCGAUGGAGCCGGCGACUGUGGGCUAG